CCACCUCAGGACAAUAGUCAACAACUACAGCUAUCAAAACAUGUUUCCAAAUGUCAUUCUGCCUGUGCUUACCUUAUUCCAACUCCCAAAGGAAAUUGGCAUGUUAAAACAGCCAGGUGAACUUCCCAACCUACAGUCCUUUGCCUAAGUUGAGAUAAGAAAGCUGUUUUUGUGACUUUUCUUGGUUUGUCCAGGAAUGACACUUCAAACUGAUUACACCAUUUUUGAGUUGGAAAUACUGUUGUGAUUACUAUGCUUCCUGUCGUUUGUCUUGAUAGUUUUAAAAAGUACAUGUGAGAAGUAUUUUCUGAAUGCUUAAAAUUUUUAAGUUGUCUUGAUUUUGACAACUGAAGGCUCCCUUUUAGGCUGAAUCUCAGAAAUGUGUAGCUUUUUCUGGCAAAGUCCAAAGUCCACUGCCGCAGUUGUAUCUUUUGUAAAUGACUUGUGUUCUGAGGCUUGAUCAUGUUCCUUUUUGUGAAUUCAUAAACUGGGCCCUGAGGGACUCUGGGUCUGAUCUCCAGUUCUGGGCCAUUGGGGAUUUCAGGGUCCCACUUCCAUCUAUUGGGCUUUGUGUUUGAUUCUUUUGGAUAUUUUUCCUCAUUCCUUUGUUUAAACUUUAGGAAAGACUAUUUUCUGCCUUCUCAAAUUUUUGUCACUUUAUUUUUAGCUUUAACUAAGUGCCUGGGUCCUUUGGAAUGUACUUAAAAUCUAAAAAAAUACUGUAAUUAUGAAGGAGUCUCAUCCCUGAUUCCGUUUUAUAUUUCUCCCCCAGCUUCCCUUCCUAACUUGUUGUAUGUUGAUUUAGUAGGGUGGAGUAUGAUUACACGUGCAGGCAGCUUUGGGAGUGUGCAGUCCUUGCCCUUUCCAACUGGGCUGGCUGUCAAUCCAGGUGGUGGAGGAGGACAAAAGGUGUAGUAGCUGUCAGUGCCUCCAGUCAUUGAGGUUGUUAACAACCUCACUGAUUUAAUUGUUCUAAAUAUGUGUUGCUUUUCUGCUGAUUAUAGUGGAGGCAUAACAGGGAAAGAUCUGCUUAUAAACUGAAUUGCUAGACCAAUCCCAAAUGAAGUACUCGGCCAACUUACUGGAUAAGUAACAGGUAUUGAAGUAACGCCAUAAAGAAAUGCUACGAAGAACCACAUGAUGCAGUCGCUGCCCUGAUUGGGCACUUCACUCUGUUGGGAUGAUCAUGUAUGUAACAUUUUCAAAAGUGGGGUUAAUAUUUGGUUUUACCCUAAUGGAAAUACAAUUAUACAUAUUGGCUUAUGUGUCUGAAGUUGAACUUCACCUAACAAUUUCAGGUAACAGGACAUCCUAAAGGACCAUUCUGAGUGGGAGCCACUGGCCUUAAGGAACAAUUGUAUUGAAGAAACAAUUGUAUUUACCUCUAGUCAGUUUACUGAAUAAGAAUGCUGCUUGAUGGCAUAGUCCUUAGCAGUACCUUUGUAUUCUGCAGGCAGCUUUUUUUUUGACCGGCAGAGUUAGGUCUUCCUUUUUUCCAUUGGUUCACCCCCAAAAUGGCUGCCAUGGUCAGCGCACUGCGCCACUCUGAAGCCAGGAGCCAGGUGCUUCCGCCUGGUCUUCCAAGCGGGUACAGGGCCCAAGCACUUUCGGCAUCCUCCUUUGGCAUCCUCCACUGCCUUCCCCGGGCCACAGCAGAGAGCUGGACUGGAAGAGGAGCAACCAGGACUAGAACCUGGGGUGCUGGCGCUGCAGGCGGAGGAUUAGCCAAGUGCUCUGCAGGCCGUUUUUUAAAAGACUAAUUUGAAAGAUCUUCCAUCUGCUGGUUACUCCCCAAGUGACUGCCAGUGCCGGGCCAGGCCAAAGCCAGGAGCUUCAUCCAGGUCUCCCUGUGCGUGUUGGGGGCCCAAGCACUUGGACCAUCUACUUUUACCAGGUCAUUAACAGUUGGAUUGAACAUGGAACAGCUGGGUUCCCAUAUGGGAUCUGGGUGUUGCAGGCUAUGGCUUUAUACAGCACCCCACAACACGGGCCCCUCUGCAGGCAUUUUCUCUGGUUUCAUUUAAAACAAAAUUUUAUUGAUUCCAUUUGUGCCUACAUUUGUGAGAAAUAUUUGCCAGUCUUCAGAAUGAUGGACUGAUAGCUAGCAACCUCAAAGGAAUCAGUGAAUUACAUCCUGACUUCAGGUUUUUAUAUUUCAAGCUGCUGUAUCACAGAUUUGAGAAAAGCUGCUUUAAGAUUCUGUCAAACCUUGGUAAGCUGCUACCUACUUAGUGUGAUCAGGUUUGUUUUCCCAUUUCUCCAGAGAAAAACAAUGAUAUCCAUAGGCCACAGCCAGGGUGGAAUCCUUGUUAAUACCGGGUACAGACCCUUUUGGGACUAUUGGAAUCACUGGGGAAGGACAUUGAAGUUGGAUGACUAAAGGAAGCCUUUCUGCAUAUAAGAUAGGGUGUUUGGGGUUGGGCCCAGCACUGUGGCAUACAGUGAGUAAAGCCUCUGCUUGAGACAUCAUCCCAUGGGUGCCAGUCCAGCUGCUCCCUUGCCAAUCCAUCUCUCUGCUAUGGCCUGGGAAAGUAGUAGAAGGUGGCCCAGGUGCUUGGACCCCUGCACCUGCAUGGGAGAUCUGAAAGAAGCUCCUGGCUUCAGAUUGGUCCAGCUCCAGCUGUUGUGGCCAGUUGGGGAGUGAACCAGGGGAAGGAAGACUGCUCUGUCUCCCUCUCUAACUGUCUCUCAAAUAGUAAAACAUUACAAAUACGUUGUCCAGAUUAGAGGAUUACAGUUUUUCCGGGAAGUGCAAGGAGGAGCACUACCAUCCAGCUGUCCUGUCCAGUCCAUCCAGCUGUGUCCUGACUCAUGGGCCUACCAGUAUAGGUCCCACAUUUGUGUGAACUUGAGAGCCUCCCCUGUGCUAAGGGUCUACCUCUAACUUGAUCCAGUUGAUGCUGCUGCUUGAGCAGAUCUUGUCCCCUGUUGGGUUGGAUGUUCAUCUUUGUCACCACACUAGUUGUAUAUACCAUGAACACCUUGAAUCAGUCUCAAUGAAGAUUGGGAGAAAGUGGAAAACUAGUAUCAGUUCAUUGUGCUUAAAAAAGAGUAGUUAAAUGGGUUCUCUGAAGGAUGUCAUUGGGUUAGAAUUUGCUGUUCCUGGUCCCUCAGUGAAUUGAGUAGCUUAGAGUUGGGAGUGUCUAACUGCAUCCUCAAACUAGUGAUAGCCAUGCAGCUCAGGCCCUUAAGGCUAUUUUUUUUUUUUUUUUUUUUUGGUUUAUUUGAAAGGCAGGAGUUACAGAGGCAGAAAGAGAGGUUUUCUAUCCAUUGGUUCACUCCCUAGAUGGCCUCAACAACUGGAGCUGUGCUUAUCUGGAGCCAGGAGUUCCAGGUCUCCCACAUGGAUGCAAGGGGCCCAAGGACUUGGGCCAUCUGCUUUCCUCAGGCCAUAAGAAAGCUGAAUUGGAAGUGGAACAGCUGGGUCUUGAACUGGCACCCACAUGAGAUGUCUGCACUGCAGGUGGCAGUUUCACCUGCUACACCACAGCCUGGAGGCCCUUAGUGGGUCCCUCAACUGCCACUUGUGUCAUUCCCUCCAUUCUUAAAAGCCAGAGUAACUGAAUCUUAACCCUUAGUCUGAAAGCCCUUGAUAGAUAAAUUGUCAACUGGUUAUAUCCAUGCUAUUAAGUACUACUUAACAACAAGAUGGAAUGACUACUGGAAAGUGCAGAAAGAAUGAAUCUUGGGAAAAAAUAUGCCAGGCUACACGCAAAGGAGCACGAUGCUUUGUGGUUCCAUUUAUGUGAAAUAUGAAAAACUGCCUGGGACCAGUGGUUGGGGGUGGGGAAGUUACCUGAGGAGGUGCAUUUUUAUGUAGUUAAGUUUGUCAAGAUCGAACUGCAUGCUUAGAUGCAUUAAAAUUGUAUAUAAAUGGUAUGUGAAAAAAAUGCCGAGGUGUGCGUGUUUGGCUCAGUGGUUGGGGAGGCCAUGUAGCAUAUCACAGUGUUCCAAUCCUGGCUCAGCUCUGGAUUCCAGCUGCUUGAUGUGCACCUUGGGAGGCAGCAGGUGAUGGUUUGAGUUGUUAGAUUCCUGCCACCCAUGGGUGAGACCUGGGUUUGAGUUCCCAGUUCCAGUAUGUUUGGUAAGUGAACCAGUGAAUGGGAACUUUCUGUCAAAUAAAUUCUAAAAUAAAAGGCUUAUAUUUUUCCUAUGAGGCAUGAUCAAGCUAAUUAUUAUUUAAAAAGAUUUAUUUAUUAGAGAGGGAGAGGGCUUCAUCUACUGCUUUACUCCACAAAUGGCUUAUCACCAGGGGCUGUGCCAGGCUUAAGCCAGGAGCCAGGAGUUUCAUCCAGGUUUCCCAUGUGAUUGCAGGAGCUCAAGCACUUGAGUCAUCUUCUGCUACUUUUCCCAGGCCAUUAGCGGGGAACUGGAUCAGAAGUGGAGCAGCCAUGACUCAAACCAGUGCCCAUCUGGGAUGCCAGCAUGCAGGCGGCGGCUUAGCCCACUAUACCACAAAACUGGUGCCAAGCAAAUUGUGUUUUUGUCCUCUGCCUUUUUCCAUUACAGGCACUUGAAGUCUACCUGGAAUAUUCCUUUGCAUGACUGACCGUCUAUCUGGCUCUCAGCCUAAAUGUUUCCAUGGGGUCUUCUGACCACUACAUCUCUUCCCAUCCUGCUGGCUCCAUUCAAAGAAGUAGCACUUAGCCUUGGUCUGUUGCUUAUUACCCUUGUUCUCUAGUAGAAGCUAACUGCCUUUUCUGUAGGUUUUUUUUGUUUUUGUUUUUGUUUUUUGUUUUUGUUUUUUUUUUUGUUUGUUUUUUGUUUUUUUUUUUGGUGCAGGGGACCUUUCCUAUCUUUAUUGUGAAGGCUGAAAGUCCAGGAGACUCAACAGACAGUGGUCAAAUGAAUUGAUAAGUGAUUCCGAAUGCAUGUGGCAAAUAGGUCAUAUUGUAACAGCUGUGUGAAGCUCGGUUUGAGCGUGUGCUUGGUGAGAAAAAGGAAUAAUUUAGUAAAAGGAAGUCAAGAUAUUCUAGUUAGAAGCCUUUUCAACUACCUUGGGAGUGAUCCUACCUCUCCACUUCGGGAAGUUGUAAAGGAAAGAAAUGUGAGAAUACAGUGGAAACCGUAGCUACGGCUGAGUUAAUAACAGCUAAAAUGUUGGGAGCCGCCUUUAUGCGCCAGACUCUGGAUGGUUUCGUCCAGUACUCAACAACUCUGAGAGUUAUUACUGUUCUUGGCCAUAUUUUUGUAGAUGAGGAAGCAGUCUGCAGACUUGUUUGCUGGAAUUUAUAAGUGAACAUUGGAGGCAACAUUCAAAUCCCGGACCUCUGAUUCUUGCGUUUAUGCUUGUAACCCCAGACUGUUCUUGACUUUUUGGUCAGUGUUGUUUGUGGGAUAGGGGAGAUCAACAAAGACGCUAUCAGAGCCCUGGAAAAGACUGCACGCAAAAAGGUAGGACAUCAAGUAGUUACAUGCUCAGUGUGUUCAAAAGUAAUAGAAAAUAGUCGUAGUACAGAGACCUCCAGCUCUUAGCUGGGGGGUACUUCACACACUAGUGGGUGGUGAGCUCAAACCACUCCUUAACUGGAUCUUAGACGUCUUAAAAAGUUCUGGCAAUGGGAAUUUCUAAGUAAAUUUAGUUGGGUAGCUUCACACAAGGACUUUCUCCAUCACUCAGCAUCUUUUUUUUUUUUUUUUUAAUAGAGUUACAGGGGCUGUGGGAGAGAGAGGUCUUCCAUCCACUGAUUCUCUCCCCAAAUGGCUGCAAUGGCUGGAGCUGAGCUGAUCCAAAGCCAGGAGCCAGGAUCUCCCACAUGGGUGCAGGGUCCCAAGGACUUGGGCCAUCUUCUGCUUUCUCAGGCCAUAGCAGAGACCUGGAUCAGAAGAGGAGGAGCAGCCAGGACUCAAACUGGCACUCAUAUGGGAUGCUGGCACUUCAGGCCAGGGCUUUAACUACUGUGCCACAGCGCCAACCCCAACAGCCUCUGCUUGUGGGCUGGUGUGGCAGAGGAUUAAGCUGUCACUUGAGACUCCUACAUCCCAUAUCAAAAUGCCUGGUUCGAGUCCUGGAUCCUCCAGGCUUCAGCUGCAGCUCUUCCUAAUGCACCUGAGCAGUGGUAGAUGAUGGUUCAAGUACUUGGAGUCCUUGUCACCCACAUGCGAGACCUAGAUGGAGUUCCUGGCUCUUGGCCUUGGCCUGACCCAAUCUUGGCUAGUGCAGGCAUAUGCAGAGUGAACCAGCAGAUGGGAGAAAAUCUCUUCUUCCCUCCCUCCCUCUCUCCCCCUACUCCCAGUGCACCCUACUCCCCCGCCAAUCUCUGUUUCAAGUAAAUCUUCGGGAGGGGCCGGCACUGUAGCACAGUAGGUUACUGCCCUAGCCUGAAGUGCCGGCAUCCCAAAUGAGUGCAGGUUCAAGACCCGGCUGCUCCACUUCCGAUCCAGCUCUCUGCUAUGGCCUGGGAAAGCAGUGGAAGAUGGCCCAAGUCCUUGGGCCCCUGCACCCACAUGGGAGACCCGGAAGAAGCUCCUGGCUUCAGAUCGGCGAAGUUCUGGCCGUUGUGGCCAACUGGGGAGUGAACCUCUCUCUCUCUCUCUCUCUCUCUGCCUCUCCUCUCUCUGUGUAACUCUGACUUGCAAAUAAAUAAAUCUUUUAAAAAACAAAUCUUUGGGAAUAAUCGCCUCUGCUUUGGAACUUGAACUUCAAAUAGCUUGCAGGAAGGCUUGAUACUUGGAACUAAUACUGACAUUUCAUAUUCCAUGUCUAGGAAGCAGCACAUGCCUCAGUUUAUGCCUUAGUGGAGUGGGAAUAUCAACCACAACGAACAACGCAAGGAGGCUUUUAACCAAAGAAGAUUCCUGAGUUUUGCUUUGUAGCUUGUUUUCCAGUUUCCUUCCCACUGUGGCCUGUUUCCUUUAGCAUAAGGCCAAGCAGAGCCUGGCUGACGUGGGCUGUAGAUGGAGCAGCAGGGUGUGAGAAUAGGUUUGGGGGUUUGUGGAGAGGACAGGAGUUAUGCCUCUGGACGGACUGGAAGCGGUGCAAAACAGUGUCUUGAGAAGCGUGAUAGUCAAAAGACCCAAGCUGCUCAGUUUGCAGGCGGAAGCAAACCUUAGCCUGCUCUUGGGCUUAAAGUGGGCGCUGACCAGAGUCCUGGCUACUCCUCGGCCUGUGGUGUGCCCGGCUGAGGUUGCAAUGACGGCUCGGGGCCGCUAGGUGGUAGCCGUGUGUUUCCAAAGCUGGCUGUUGACCCAGGCGCCCAGCUGGGAUCCCCAGAAGCGACCCCGGAGCCCCAGCGAGGCCUGGGGUGGGGCAGGGGAGAGACACCCCGGAGUCUCACCCUCUAGCAGCAAGCACGGGAAGGGCGAGGAAGGGCUCCCUUAGAGUGGCCAGCCCUCCGGGAGGGCGACUUAAGAAUGGCCCCCUUUUGGGUCCGCUCACGGGGUGGGUAAAAGCGAUUCCCCCUUCAGCUGCGGAGCCGCCCUGAGGGCUGGGACUGACCCGCCCUCUUCCCCGCUCCCCACUCUAGCGCGGGUGGGUGUGCGUGCGAGGAGCGACUGUGGGCGAACGAGGACGCCCCGCACCUAACCGCCACCUGGGGGACCGCCGCCUGCCAGAUUCGGGCAACGUUUGCGCCGCUGCGCGGGUCACUGCGCCCGGGAGCAGCGCUCCGACGGCUUCCAGCGUUCACCGGGCCCGGCCUCGCGGGUGCUGCCCCUUCGGAGCUGCCGGAGUCUGAGCGCCUCCCUUCCAACCGGAGCCGCCAGGAGGAGGCGGCGGCGGCGGCGGCAGUGGAGAGGCCGCAGCAGGCAGGCAAGCGGGCAGGGCCGCCUUUGAUGUGGGCGCGGCGCACCCAGGCGAGCUGAGCGCCCGUCCGGCCGCGCCCCGAGGGGGGAGCCCCCGGGCCCCGCAUCCUCAUUGUGCCGGCUCGGGCCCGGGCCCGCCCCCGGCCCCCCGCCCCCUCGCCGCCCGCGCGUAGAAAACGCCCCGGCCGCCGCCAGUGGUGGGAGGCGGCGAUGCGCACGGCCGGAGAGACGCGGAGGAGGAGACAUGAGCCGGCGGGCGCCCAGACGGAGCGGCCGUGACGCGUUUGCGCUGCAGCCGCGCGCCCCGGCUCCGGAGCGCUGACCCCCGGCCCCGCGCAGCCCCGCGCCCCGGCCAGAGAGCGCGCCCCAGCUGCCAGCUCCGCCGCGCAUGCAGUCUCCGGAGUGAGCCAGCCAGCCAGCCAGCCUCCCGCGGACGGCCAGACGGCCGGACGGCCGGCCAGCGCUGAGCCAGCUUCCCCGCACCGGCCGGGCACCUCCUGCACAGAGGCGGCCGCCCCGCAACCCCCGCGCCAGCCCGCAGGGCGCAGCGCUCGGGAGGAGCCGCGCGGGGCGCUGAUGCCGCAGGGCGCGCCGCGGAGCGCCCCGGAGCAGCAGAGUCUGCAGCAGCAGCAGCCGGCGAGGAGGGAGCAGCAGCAGCAGCAGCGGCGGCGGCGGCGGCGGCGGCGGCGGAGGCGCCCGGUCCCGGCCGCGCGGAGCGGACAUGUGCAGGCUGGGCUAGGAGCCGCCGCCUCCCCCCCGCCCAGCGAUGUAUUCUGCGCCCUCCGCCUGCACUUGCCUGUGUUUACACUUCCUGCUGCUGUGCUUCCAGGUACAGGUGCUGGUGGCCGAGGAGAACGUGGACUUCCGCAUCCACGUGGAGAACCAGACGCGGGCUCGGGACGAUGUGAGCCGUAAGCAACUGCGGCUGUACCAGCUCUACAGCCGGACCAGCGGGAAACACAUCCAGGUCCUGGGCCGCAGGAUCAGCGCCCGCGGCGAGGACGGGGACAAGUAUGCCCAGCUCCUAGUGGAGACAGACACCUUCGGUAGUCAAGUCCGGAUCAAGGGCAAGGAGACGGAAUUCUACCUGUGUAUGAACCGCAAAGGCAAGCUCGUGGGGAAGCCCGAUGGCACCAGCAAGGAGUGUGUGUUCAUCGAGAAGGUUCUGGAGAACAACUACACGGCCCUGAUGUCGGCCAAGUACUCCGGCUGGUACGUGGGCUUCACCAAGAAGGGGCGGCCGCGGAAGGGCCCCAAGACCCGGGAGAACCAGCAGGACGUGCACUUCAUGAAGCGGUACCCCAAGGGGCAGACGGAGCCGCAGAAGCCCUUCAAGUACACCACAGUGACCAAGCGCUCGCGGCGGAUCCGCCCCACGCACCCCGGCUAGGCCGCCCGGCCCCUCUCACACCCCAGAGGACUGCAUCAGAGGAAUAUUUUUACAUGAAAAAUAAGGAAGAAGCUCUAUUUUUGUACAUUGUGUUUAAAAGAAGACAAAAAAACUGAACCAAAACUCUUCGGGGGAGGGGCGAUGAGGAUUUUGUUGUUGACUUGAAACCCUCUCCCCUCCCCCCAUGACAAAGAGGGGCUGUUGUCAACCCACAGGUGCUUGCCUCCCUCUGGGAAGAGACUGGAGACUCGUCCCGGAGGAGGACUCGAACGAGGAAACCGACACUCCGAGAAACCAAAGUCCUUUUUCCCAAAGGUUCUGAAAGCAAAAGCAGAAAAAAAAUAAAAGUUAAAAAAAAGAGGAAAACAAAGAAAGAGAAAGUGGCACCCCCUUCCCUCAACAAACUCCUCCCAUUUCCUCCCCCCUUCCCUGCCCCCCCUCCCCGCCCGAAACUCCAACAAAAAUCGCUCUCUGGUUUGCAGUCAUUUAUUUAUUGUCCGCUGCAAGCUGUCCCAGGACACCACGCAGGGAAGGUGUGCGCCUGGGCGCUCUCCGCGCCUCGACCUCCGACGACAGCCGGCCUCGUCCGAUCCCGGUGACCCUGCGUUGCUCAAGUUCUAGAGGAUGCUGCUAUGACCUUCUGUGACUCACGUGACCUAGUACACCAAUGAUAAGGGGGUAUUUUAAAACCAGCUAUAUUAUAUAUAUUAUAUAUAUAUAAGCUAUUUAUUUCACCUCUCUGUAUAUUGCAGUUUCAUGAACCAAGUAUUACUGCCUCAACAAUUAAAGACAACCGACAAAUUAUUUAAAAAAAAAA